UUCAUUACAACUUUCGGCAAGCUGUUUUCUAAAUUUGUAAAUAUUUUCAAUUUUUAAAAUCAUGUCUAUUAGUUGGAAAUUGAGAACACGACUAUUGCGUCUGACAGCGGACAGACUGCGAUUGCAGCAGCGUUCCAAAUACAAUUGGAGCAACUACGAUGCCAGCGCCGGCGAGUGCUGCAAGAUGAUGGACGAGGCCACAGCUCGUUGCAAAAACAUGAUAUGUGGCUACGCUUCGCGAACCAAUAAGUGUGAUUCUAACGAGCGUGCAGAGGAAAAACUGUACUCAGAUCAUUUGCUGGAGCUACUGUCCAGAGGACAUGGAAAAGAGCAUUGCGAACUAUACAAAAGUGAUUUGGUCGAGUACAAGCCUUCGAAUAAGAAUCGUCGCUAUCAACGCACCUGGGCAGAGUGUCCGCUUAUUUGGCUGCGCCCUAAGCAAACCUGUUGCUAUGAACGAGAGUUUUAUCCACCGAUGGAGCGACGCUGCAAGCAGCCGGAAAAGGAGCCCACAACAGCGGUCGAUGCGCAUAAAUUCCAAAUGGAUCUGCUUUGCAAGUAUUACGUGCCCAUGGGCCAAAGCUACAAGAAGCGAACGCGCUGCUAUACAAAAUCACCAACAGUUUGCGAAAGAAAAUGUGCACCCUUUCCAAGCUUUUCCGAGUGCGAUCCAGAGUGCAUACCACGCUUUUGUCCAACCGAAUGCGCCUGUAAAGUGAAGCCCAGCAUGUGCGAAAUGUGGCGCAGCUACAAUCAAAAUAAUGGCAUAAGGCACUGUACGGAGGCAAUUGUGGGCAACUGUAUUUACAAGCAGCGAUCGCGUCCAUUGUACUGAACAAGCAACUGACACACUUUAAUGCUGGCUCGUAAUUGUUGCAAGCGUGUGACACCAGCAGCAGCAGCAGCAGCAGUGCGCAACUAUUCGCGUGGCGGCAUGUC